AUAUUCAGACAUUUGUGGUUUUCACAGGGACUAUGUCUAGGUUGUUCAUGUUAUCAACCAGAUAUGGUUGUUGUGUCAACCACUUUCUGUAAAACCUUCUGGAUCAACCAAUCAUCCCGAGGAGAACAUUGA